CUUUCACUUCCGUAGAACGUCUUUUACUGUCGCAACAAGCACAUUUCUUCACUGUUGCAAAGCCACGUGAGACGUUAGAAUCAUGGAUAAACCAGUAGUUUUGGCUCGUGUUAUAAAAGUCCUAGGUAGGACUGGUUCGCAAGGACAAUGUACACAAGUAAAAGUGGAAUUUCUGGGCGAACAAAAUCGACAGAUUAUCAGGAAUGUAAAAGGCCCGGUACGAGAAGGUGAUCUCUUAACCUUAUUGGAGUCCGAACGUGAAGCAAGAAGACUUCGAUAAACACAUGGAAAGAAUUUAUUGCCGGCACGAAAAUAUCAACUAAAUAUCGAUUCAAAUAGUGUCUGGAUUCUUACUCAUUCCAUCAACAAAAAUGAAGAUCAAUAAUUCCAAUGGUACGAGCCAAGCUGGUUUCAAACGUCAAUGUCGGUGAAGGUGUCUACAAUUUUUAUAAUAAAUACUGGUUGAUAUUUAA